CCGCCCUAUGCCCCAGUCUGAGUCUGCCAUAUAUAUAAAGAAACAAUUGAACACCAUCUUCAAGAACCCCACAAUAAAACCAUAUAUGUUCUACUUAUUAGUCUUCUACAACACCCAACAACUAAUCAAACUUUAUCUCUACUUUCUUUUUCUAGUCCCCAAUAUUACAGAAUACAUCAAUCAAAGCUCCAUCUGCACAGAGAGAGAGAGAGAGAGAUGAGCAGCUCAGAAGAGGAAAGACUGGUUCAGAUGAUAGAGGAUUUUAUAGAAUCAGAAUCACCAUCUCCCAUUUUUUCUGCUUCCUCAACCUGCCUUCCUCUUAACUAUCAUACGCAAUAUCUCACUUUACAGGAGAUUGUUGGGAGUAGGACACAGGCUGAGGCUGAGGUCCUAGAGUGUGUGUUGAGGCACAUGAGAAACAAAAGGGACGCUAAGAAAACGACUAGUCUGAAAAAGUGGCUUGUAAUGAAGCACAAAAUAGAUGGCUAUAAUGCUUCUCUAUGUCAAACAUCUUGGCUCACUUCCUUGGGAUGCCCAGCUGGUGAUUAUGACUACAUUGAUAUCACAAUGAAAAAUGAAAAUGGUGAUCCAAUGAGGCUCAUAGUGGAUAUAGACUUCAGGUCACAGUUUGAGCUAGCAAGGCCUACACCAACCUACAAGGAGCUCACAAAUAUACUCCCACACAUCUUUGUAGGGACUGAGGACAAGCUCAACAAGAUAAUCUCAAUUCUAUGCCCAGCUGCCAAACAGUCCCUUAGAGAGAGAGGCCUCCACAUACCCCCUUGGAGGACUAUCACUUACAUGCAGUCUAAAUGGCUCUCUGCCUGUCACAAACUCCCUAAUGCAGUAGGAUCAUCAGAGAACAGUAAUAGAGAAACAAAAGGUGAUGCACAAAAUUACAGCAAGUGGGCACCUUCACCUCCAAUGGUGAACAAGUCCAAGAGAAGCAAUUUGGCUGGUGGGUCUGGCUUGUCUAGUCAGUUUUCUAACAUGAGCAUAAAUUGUUGCUGACUUUGAUUUUUGGUUCUUGGGUUCUAAUUUUGGCAUAGGCCGUGGAUGCCCAAUUUUGGUCCUUUUUUUUUUCUUUUUGGGUCUUUUUGUCCAAGUAUUUGUGUAUUACUUAGAUCCUUUUUGUACCGAGGCAUGAGAGCAAUUCAAUUUGUCUGCGAUUUCUUUUCUUUCUCUUUCAUUUUUGUUACAUUUAUUUUUAUCU